AUGAGAUCGACAUUACUAUCCAAUCUCAUAUCACGCCGGAGCAUAUCUCUAAAUACGAGACCCAAAACUCCGAUAAAAUUAGGACAACCAACUUACGAAACAAGACCUCAUAUUAUACCUAAACCUGGGAAUCUUACACCUGGUAUAUCAGCACUUGAAUAUUUUCAAAGAAGGUUGAAACUAGCGUCUACACUACCUGACAAGUCCUUGGCUAUUAUUAUUGGGAAUACCACAAAAUUUAGUUCCGGUAGUGUGUUUUAUGAUUUUCAACAAGACAAUGACUUUUAUUAUUUAACUGGUUGGUUAGAGCCUGAUUCUAUUAUGGUCUUGGAGAAAAAGGGGACUAAAGGGGAUGAUGACGUUGUGCUACACAUGUUGGUUCCACCAAAGAAUCAACAACGAGAAUUAUGGGAAGGCGCCAAGACUGGAUUGGAUGGUGCAUUUGAAUUUUUCAAUGCUGAUUGUGUUGAAGAUGUUAGCAAAGCAUCCACUUAUAUCAAAUCACUUGUGAAAUCUGCAAAUACAAUUUUUUAUGAUAACAAGUACGAUGGCAAAUUGAAAUCAAAUUCACCAUUUAGCCUGUUUUUCAAUUUUGGUGGUGAUAAAUCAGUUGGUUUAAAUGAUGUCAUAUUGAAUUCGGGUAAACCCAUUAACCCGUUGACUCAAAGAAUUGCUUCUUUGAGAAAAGUCAAAUCACCAGCUGAAAUAGAAGUUAUGCAUGCAGCCGGACAAAUCUCAAGUCGAGCAAUUAAUAAAGCCAUUGGCCAAGUUGGAUCAAAGGACCCAAUUGCUACAGAGAAAACGUUGGCCAAGUACUUGGAAUAUCAAUUUGUAAGAGGGGGUUGCGAUAAACAAGCAUAUAUCCCCGUCGUUGCCAGUGGAUCAAAUGCAUUGACCAUCCACUACACGAGGAACGAUGAUUUGUUGUAUCGAGAUGAAUUGGUUUUUGUUGAUGCCGGAGGAAAACUCGGUGGAUAUUGUGCUGAUAUUUCAAGAACGUGGCCAAAUUCAACAAAAGGGUUUAGUGAGCCUCAAAGGGAUCUAUAUGAAGCUGUAUUGAAUACAAACAAAAAGUGUAUUGAAUUGUGUAACGAGAGCUUGAGUUAUUCCCUACAUGAUAUUCACGAAUACUCAGUCACAUCAUUGAGAAAAGAGUUGCUGAAUGUUACUGGAUUCCAAAACUUGAGUUUUUCAGAUGUGUCAAGGUAUCUUUAUCCACAUUACAUCGGUCACCAUUUAGGUUUGGAUUUGCACGAUGUGCCUUCAGUCUCUCGAUUUGAAAAGUUAGUAGCAGGAAAUGUCAUCACCAUAGAACCAGGCUUGUAUAUACCAGAGGAUGACAGAUGGCCAAAGCAUUUUCAAGGGAUUGGUGUUAGAGUGGAAGAUGAUGUGGUGGUUGGAAAAACAAACGACGAGAUUAUUAAUCUUACUAGUGGUUGUGUCAAGGAAGUUGUUGAUAUCGAAUCAUUAAUCAACGGAGGUGUAACUACACCGGGUAUAGAUGAUGAAUUGGUAGUAUUGGAUAUUUAA